GCGCCGCGCGCCCGCGGCCCCUCACUCCCCUCGACAUGGCGCUGAGGCGACGGCCGCGACUCCGACUCUGCGCCCGGCUGCCCGACUUCUUCCUGCUGCUGCUGUUCAGGAGCUGCUUGAUAGGAGCUGUGAAUCUCAAAUCCAGCAACCGAACCCCAGUAGUACACGAAUUUGAAAGUGUGGAAUUGUCCUGCAUCAUCACGGAUUCACAGACAAAUGAUCCCAGGAUUGAGUGGAAGAAAAUUCAAGAUGACCAAACCACUUACGUGUUUUUUGACAACAAAAUUCAGGGAGACUUGGCAGGUCGUGCAGAACUAUUGGGGAAAACAUCUCUGAAGAUCUGGAAUGUGACCCGGAAAGACUCAGCCCUUUAUCGCUGUGAGGUGGUUGCUCGAAAUGACCGCAAAGAAAUUGAUGAGAUAGUCAUUGAAUUAAUUGUGCAAGUGAAGCCAGUGCCUCCCCUGUGCAGAGUGCCAAAGGCUGUUCCCGUAGGCAAGGCAGCGACGCUACACUGCCAGGAGGGUGAAGGACACCCCCGGCCACACUACAGCUGGUACCGCAACGACAUGCCGCUGCCGACAGAUUCCAGAGCCAAUCCCAGAUUUCGAAAUUCCUCAUUCCUCUUAAACUCUGAAACAGGCACUCUGGUGUUCAGCGCUGUUCACAAGGACGACUCUGGGCAGUACUACUGCAUCGCCUCCAACGACGCUGGCUCUGCCAGGUGUGAAGAACAGCAGAUGGAAGUCUAUGACCUGAACAUUGGUGGGAUUAUUGGGGGCGUCCUGGUUGUCCUUGCCGUCCUGGCCCUGAUAACAGUGGGCAUCUGCUGUGCAUACAGACGUGGGUACUUCAUCAACAACAAACAGAAUGGGGAAAGUUACAAGAAUCCAGGGAAGCCAGAUGGAGUUAACUAUAUCAGGACAGAUGAGGAGGGUGACUUCAGACACAAGUCCUCAUUUGUGAUCUGAAAUUAGACGGUGUGACCAAGAGAGCACAUGCAAAUACCUCUACAGAAACUGCCACAAGAGCAGCGGGAGCAAAGUGCACUUGGACGGAGCUAGACACUCACGCAAAAGCUUUUUGUUUUGGCCAAAGUUGACUGCUACUCCUUUCUUACUUUUUAACAAGCCACAUAAAUAAAAGAGUUUUCCUCAAGAUGGGCAUGGUCUUCACAAGGACAAGAAACUGAGUGGGAUCCUAGGUUCUCUCUGGCCUGACUGCCACCUGCGUGUCGGGGAAUUUUGAAGCCCUUGCUCAGACAUGCUGGGCCUGGCACUGUGAGGCCAAUGUACUUGCCACUCACUGGCAGCAGCUAGCGUGAGCCCCUGUGGGGGAAAACAGGGGAGCUGUGCAGGGCUGGGAAAUGCAUCACAGCGUGGAACCCUGCAGGUCUAGUCUUUGAAUCAGUGAAUGAUCCAGAAAAGAGGCUUUUUAUGCCGUGACCUUGUUGCAGGGUGGUCCACAGAGAGCACUGUGUCCUUUUCUCCUGAAAAGCUUUGUAGUGUCCCUCUUGGAAAAUAUUUUUGGAUCAGUAUUUUAAUAAAAGCAGCCAAAAAUCAGUAAGCUAAAUUGCUUGUUGGAAGAAGGGAUCUUCUUACCUGUAGGAAUCCUCCUUGUCCAAUGGAAGGUUCCGGUAUUUAAGGAAAACCUUCACUUUAGGCUAACUCUGAAAUGGUACUGAAAUAAGGUUCUGAUUUUUCUAUGGGUGUUUAUUUUAUAAAAUAUUACAUUCUAAAUUUUUGCUAAAGAUGUAUUUUGAUUAUUGAAAAGAAAAUUUCUAUUUAAACUGUAAAUAUGUUGUCAUACAAUGUUAAAUAACCUAUUUUUUUCCCCAAAAGUUCAGCAUAAGGUAGGAGUCCAAGCUAUUAGUGUUAAUUGGAAAAUACCAAUAAUUAAUCCAAGGAAGCCUCUCAAGAAGGCUUAUUGGAACAUUCCUUUCCCCACACACACAUGUUAGCAUUUUUCACAAGAGAACUUAUGUUAUCUAUACAUCAACCAUUGUUCCUUAAGAAACCUUUAAAAAAUUCUGAGUAAUAUUGAAAUCUGUGCUAUCUCUCUAAAAGAAACAGAAGAAGCUCUUAGGUUAGACAAAACAAACUAUGCAUGCCUCAGGGCGACCCGGAAGCUUAGCUACAUGCCUGCAUACCUGGUUAGUCAGGCCCUAGGGUUGAGUCUCCACCCAUCCCCAAAUGCUGCUGGCUGCUAAAUUCUGAGGCUAGCCAGCACAUCCACCUCUGGCUUCCAGGCCAGGCCUUUGUGCUUUAAUGUAAGUGUUAUUACACACGUGCCAUAAGCACUUGGCUCAGCCAGGACAGUUCUAAGGUGGGCCCUUCAGGAGGCAGGGCUUCUCUGUGUGGCGUCCCAGCUCCUAGGUUCCUGGGCCAGCACUUUUUCAUGUGGAUGGCUCAUAGAACAAAGCAGCUACUGCUAUUUGGUUUUUAAAUUCAUUUUGCUUAUUCCAUAUGUGUGGUUUCUAAGACUGCCCAUGGUUUAUAAGACUGCCCAGAGACAAAGGCAGUUUUGAAAUACUGCCAAUUCCGGUAAUACUUUUUUUAGGAAAAGAUUUCCACUAUUUCUUUUUGCUACGAAGCAAGCACUGAGACUGAAGGUCUUGUCUCUCGGCAAUACGCCACUUUGUGGUGGCAGUGAGGCCAGAGUUUUGAAGACUCUCAGUGCAGCCAGGGCAGAGAGCCUGACGGUGAGGAAAGUAAGACGCUCAAAUCAAAGGCACUUUUCUCAUUUUGAUUUUACAGUUUUUACCUACCCAAGACAUGCUCCCCUUGUGGGGGCCAUUAGAAAUAUUUCAAAAGCCUUUGUUCUUCAAGAGCAGACGUUCUUCGCCUCAGAUACAUGGCCGUGUUGUACUCAUGGUGUGCGGCCAGGAGCGUCUCAAAAGGAGCACCCUCAGUCCCACUGUGUGCUUAAAGGAGGGUUUUUACGUAGAAUGUAGUCAUCUUGGAAUUACACUUCCAGUGUCUUAAUUUUUUAUACUUUGAGUUUUUUAAAAUUGGAUACUUAUGUUGACUUUUUUUCAUGUUAUGUGAAAUAUGCUGCCAUGGGAUAUUGGCAGAAGCGGUGGGCAACUCUUCAUAAUUGCUUAGAGUGCCCAGCUGUUUCUGCAUCUGUGUCAGGGAUGCUUGGAAUCAAGACUGUCCUUUCAUCUUCAGCUACCGUGGGGACAAAGGAUAACUCCCUGCCCCUCCUCCAGCUGUCGGGCAACAUCACUGUAGCUGCCACCGUGGUUGUCAUAGUGGUAGGGUGGCCUUGUCACCUCCCUUAUACCUGAAAACCUCCCCCACUAGUGCUCUGUGGACUGGGUCUGACAGGAGAGCAGUGAGCGGGAGGGGACCGGGAAGUAGUCGCCCAUCACUGUAAAAUGUAGAGCAUUCGUGUGUUUUAAGAUGUGAAAAUGACUAAAGACUCGAGACCUACACAAGGCUGUUGUGGCCUUAGGUGUGGUUGUGCUGUACAAAGAUGUUACACAUUUGAACUAACACUUGUAAGUUGGUAUUUGUUAAACCUCUUUAUAAAAAGCUUUAACAAAAA